UCAGGAGAGAAUGAAUCAUUUGCAAAAAUAAGACACAGCGAUGGAACGGCUGCAGUUUGAAGUUAAAAUGUUUUUAUUCCUGAUGUUCCUGCUUCAGCUUACAGCAGCGACCGGGACAGAACCAUUUUUUUUCACCGUCACCCAUGGAGAUGAAGUAACUUUUGCUUGUAGAAACAGUGAUUGUCAGAAUGAUUCUGUGUCUACAGAGUGGCUCUUUAGUCAUUUCAGAUCGCCUAAAUCAGAAAUACUGUUCAAAAAGCCAAGCAGUGGAGCGAUCUCUAGAUCUGACAGACGUAGUUUUACAGGAAACUGUUCUCUGGUUAUAAAGGCAGUCACAGCCGAAGAUGUUGGCAUUUACACCUGCAGACAAAAUGUAUCAGGACAGAAAGAUGACCAGUCCUUCUUUUUGUCUAUUAUUGAGAUAACUGAGCAGAUCAUCAGUCCCUCGUUCAUCUUGAACUGCUCUGUCCUGCAGUACGAAGACUGCAGACAUAAGGUGGUGUGGUCGCAUCAGGGUAAAGAGGGAAUAUAUUCAGGCAUAGUGAUUUCACCACCAUUUUGUUUUGCAACUGUGACAUUUCCAACGUCCGAGCUUCAUCAGAAGUUUAAAAAGUCAAUGAUGUGUAAAGUCACCAAUACUUACACUAAAAAAGUGCAACUCUUCCCUUUCAAACCUUCACCUUUCGGGACAGCAGGAUCAUUUGGGAAAAAUCCAGCACACCAAGCCUUGCCACAUUUCCUUAGAGACAUCAUUGUGUAUGGGGGUUUGGCAAUACUCAUAAUGUCUGUUGUCAUACUUAACAUAUGGACAAAAAUCCAAGAAAAUAAAUCACAGAUGAAUAAAGACAUUGAACUUUCUGAUAAAGAUGAAGAUGAAAGCGCAGAAGUUUAUGAGAAUAUUCAAAAGCUUUCUGCAUCAGUCAGUCUCAAUUGAUAAACAACAAUGCAAAUGAGAUUAAAGCUGGUAAAAUUUCAUGUUUUACACCUAAUGGAACGUGGCCCAUCACCUGGAGGGAGGCAUUACUGGAAGUUUUCCAAUAACUCAUACAGCGGAGAUUUUAUAUCUCUGAAGAAAAGGGUUAAGGAAGUACCACAGACUGUGGAACCAGUGAUUGGAGAUGCUGUAGAGGUUUUGAAAAGAACUUUCUAAACUUCAGAAAUUAGUUGUUAGACCACAAAAUGGAAAUUUAAUGUUGUUGUUCCUCAUAUAUGGAUUUUUUCAAUAAAUUGUUGGAGUUAAUAGCUGCAGGCAGGAUGGAUCUCCUGUAGUGGCCUGUCUUGAAGUGAAGCUGGAGAAGCCUCUGACUGAAGAAAUGAAGAAGAUGUUGUUUCAUUUUAUGGAAACUUCCUCUUUAUACUGUAAAACAUCUCCAGAGGUUUCUUCUCAUUGCUGUUACACUUGCUUUGUGGAGAGUGUUCUCAAACCAAUAUUUAGCUUUCUAAAAGUCUGUUUUUUUCUGCCUCUCUGAAAGUAGCUGUACGUUCUUGGAGCCAAGUAAUCUGCCAUUCUUGUCAUUACUUUGAAUAUUUUGCAUUUAUUAAUGUUUUCCUUUGAAAUUAUCUGAAUUCCAGCUCUUUAUUUCUCGGUAUAAAAGUCAAUGAGUUGUAUUCCUGUCUCUCCAGUAAACUGUUCAUAAAUGCCCUCAUAAGGGGAUUCAGCCUUUACCUGUUUUGUAGCAGCUUGCUAAAAAUCUAUCGCUUUAAAGUAACCAUGGUAACACUGACAGAGUUUAGUACAUGUGG